CGGCCGCGCCCCCGCCGGCGCGGACGACGCCGCACGCGGCGAGGACCCUGACUUCGCGAUGCCGCCGGCGCAGCCCGAUCCCGAGCCGCCGCCCAUCCACCGCCUGCUGGAGCUGAUCAAAUCCGAGCCCGACCCUGCCACCGCACUCUCCCACCUCGAGCGCCUCGUCUCCACCCGCCCGGCCUUCCCCACGCCGCAGCCGCUCAUCUUCCACCUCCUCCGCCGCCUCGCCACCACCUCCCCGUCGCAUCUGCCGCGGUUGUUGGGCCUCCUACCGCGCAUGCGCCACCGCCCGCGCUUCUCCGAGUCCGCGGCCCUAGUCGUCCUCUCCGCCUUCUCCCGCGCCCUCAUGCCCGACGCCGCGCUUGCCGCGUUCCGCGAUCUCCCCUCCCUCCUAGGCUGCAACCCCGGCAUCCGCUCCCACAACACCCUCCUUGACGCGUUUGUACGCGCCCGCCGGUUUUCUGAUGCGGACGCGUUCUUUACGUCCCUCUCCCACGGUGCCUUCGGCCGCCGCCUCGCCCCCAACCUCCAGACUUACAACAUCAUCAUACGCUCUCUCUGUGCCCGCGGGGAAGUCGAUCGCGCAGUGUCGCUCUUCGGUACCUUGUGUCGCGGUGGAGUGGCGCCCGACCGAGUAACCUACUCCACCCUGAUGUCGGGGCUUGCGAAGCAUGACCAAUUGGAUAACGCGCUCGACCUGCUCGACGAAAUGCCGAACUGUGGAGUGCAGGCUGAUGCGGUCUGUUACAAUGCAUUGCUCAGUGGUUGUUUCAAGAAUGGCAAGUUCGAGAAAGCAAUGAGGGUCUGGGAGCAACUGGUGAGGGAUCCGGGUGCAAGUCCCAACCUUGCCACUUACAAAGUGAUGCUUGAUGGCCUGUGUAAGCUUGGGAGGUUUAAGGAGGCAGGAGAUGUAUGGAGUAGAAUGGUGGCUAAUAAUCACCAACCGGAUACGGUUACUCAUGGGAUCUUGAUUCACGGGUUGUGCCGAUCUGGGGAUGUGGAUGGUGCAACCCGGGUCUACUCGGAGAUGGUCAAGGCUGGGCUUGUCCUUGAUGUUGCCGUGUAUAAUUCGCUCAUUAAGGGGUUCUGUGAAGCGGGGAAAACAGGUGAAGCUUGGAAAUUCUGGGAUUCCACACGGUUUUCUGGCAUUCGUGAUACAACAACUUAUAAUAUAAUGAUGAAGGGGCUGUUCGACAGUGGCUUGGUUAAUGAAGCUACAGAGUUGUUGGCGCAAUUGGAGAAUGAUGCUUCAUGCUCCCCUGACAAGGUGACUCUUGGUACACUGAUCCAUGGGCUAUGUGAGAAUGGCUUUGCUAACAAGGCAUUUAAAAUUUUGGAGUAUGCACGAACCAGUGGGAAAGAAUUGGAUGUGUUCUCAUACUCAUCAAUGAUAAAUAGAUUUUGCAAGGAUGGUAGAACAGAUGAUGCAAAUAAGGUGUAUGAGAAUAUGGUGAAGGAUGGUUGCAAACCAAAUUCUCAUGUUUACAAUGCACUUAUAAAUGGUUUCUGCCGGGCAUGCAAGAUUAGUGAUGCUGUUAAAAUCUACACUGAAAUGGCAGGCAAUGGUUGUUCUCCAACGAUCGUCACAUACAACACUCUUAUAGAUGGUUUGUGUAAGGCUGAAAAGUAUCGAGAAGCUUCAAGCUUGACAAAGGAAAUGGUACAGAGAGGUUUUACACCAGACAUCAAAACGUAUGGCUCUUUGAUCCGUGGCCUUUGUCAAGAUAAGAAGGCUGAUUCUGCGCUUAGUAUUUGGAAUGAAAUUCUUGAUGCGGAUCUUCAGGUAGAUGUAAUAAUGCACAACAUCUUAAUUCAUGGUCUUUGUUCUGCUGGGAAAGUAGAUGAAGCUUUUCGUCUUUAUUUGGAGAUGAGAGAAAAGAACUGUUCCCCCAAUCUAGUGACCUAUAACACAUUAAUGGAUGGAUUUUAUGAGGUAGGUUCAAUUGAUAAAGCAGCAUCUCUUUGGACCUCCAUCUUGGAUACUGGGUUGAAACCAGAUAUUGUUACAUAUAAUACAAGGAUUAAGGGUCUGUGUUCUUGUAAUAGGACACCUGAGGGGGUCCUGUUAUUGGAUGAGGUGCUUGCAAGAGGUAUUUUACCAACUGUCAUUACCUGGAACAUAUUAGUACGAGCUGUAAUCAAAUAUGGCCCUAUUCAGAUAUGACGCCUUGGAAUUCCUCAUGUUCCUCUCAGUUGACCUUGAAAGUUUACUGAAGGCUAUUGUUAUGAAAGAGUGAUGAAUCCAUAGCAACAAUCCAACAGUGGCUUCAAUGUCCAUAUCCGCACAAUAGUACGCUCUACACUUUAGUGAUCAGUGGUAUGCUUUCUAGACUAAAGUCUAAAUGACACUUUUAACCCCAUAUUUCACCAACCAAAGAAAACAAGACAAAGUACUGAGAUGCAGCCAAUUUCUAUUUCUUGAUAUUAGGGUACACAUUAUGAUUCCUUCAAAUUAGGUUGUCCUUCAGGAACAUUCAGUUCUUGUUUUGUUGCCUUUCCCUUUUAUCAAUCUAGUCAAACUAAUCAAGGAUUAGUGCAUUCAUACUGAUUUCUGACGGUUCUUACCUUUCCCACUUUUUAAAAAACUUUAUUUGAUUUUGUUUAGCAAGUUGUGAAAAGCUUACUAAAAUAGUUGAUACUCUUAUGAUUAGUUAACCUUGCAAACAUUCAUGAUACAAGUCGUGAAUAUUAUGGAUAUUAUUUGCUACUUGCACCCAUGAUUCUGUCACCAGAGGCAUGUUUGUUUGUUUUUCUUCAAAAACAUUCACUUUGAUUGAAAUUAGAGAGACAUUUCUUUAGCGCAGCGAGAAUUUAACACUUUUAACCAUGUUUUGGCUAUUGAAACAUUGCCAAAAUAUGUCUCUGAUGCAAGAUUGAAGACAGCUUGAGCUUAUCAGAUCUCUGGUUUGAGAAACCUAUGGUUUAUUGGCCAAGCUACAUGUUGUUAAACAUUUUUUAUAUAAAAACUACAUCAACAUUUCUUUCACGCA